UCAAUUUUUACAUACAAAUUGUCAAAUAGGAAUUUACAAAAGCAGGUUACGAAACAAAACAAAAAAAAUGCGAAUAUUUGGGUUUCUCUCAAAGAAAGUUGGUGAUUUGACUGUUAAAUACUCUAAUUUACCGGAGUCCUUUAUUAAAAGAAGCUAUGAACAGGUGUAUUGGAAGAAUCCUUCAAAGUAUCCGCAGUACCCAACUGCUCAGAUAGCUCGUAAAAAGUUUCGUUUUACGACGAACAGGCCUUGGACAGCUCAGUUUCGGAUGCAAAAUGACCGUAAUGUGCACAGGAAGAAAGUGUUCGUCGAACCCGUGGGCGAGUGGAGCUUCUUCAAAGGUGACCGUGUUGAGAUAAUGGUGGGCAAGGACAAAGGCAAGCAAGGGAUUGUGUGCCAAGUCAUACAGGAACGUAACUGGGUCAUCGUUGAGGGACUCAACACACAUCUCAGAGUUGUGGGUAAAGACAAGAAGUUCCCCGGCAUCACCAUUCAGUCAGAGGCCCCACUACUCGUCACCACUGGGGUGAAGCUGGUGGACCCAGAGACACUGAAGCCCACUGACUUUGAGUGGAGAUACACUGAAGAGGGGGACAAGGUGCGUGUAUCUCUGGCCAGUAGUAGAAUCAUCCCGAUACCAAAGACAGCGGAAGAGACCAUGGAUUACAAGAGUAAAGAGCUCUAUGUGGAGAAUGUUGACAAGGAUACCACCAGCGAUACUGUUGCUAAGGUAACUUUCGCGCCAAAAUUAAGAACGUUCGAGAUGGAUAUAAUGGAAGAGAUGGGCAUCAAGGAGGACAGAGUUCCCGCCAAAUCAUACUGGUAUUAAACAAAUGUAGUGUAAUAGUGAUCAUUGUACAUUUUAUUAUAGAUAAUAUUGUGAAAAUAA